GCGAUAUAGUACGGCGAACGAAAGAUGGACAGUAAUUACAGAGCGAACAUCGGCAAGUGGCUUACCCCGCGGUUGUCCGACGCUACGUUCCGCGUCGGGCAACCUCGGUGGUUCGACGACGCGUCUCGACUCGCCGAGAGAACGAGCGACCUCGCGGAACGCAUAACUCUGGUCAUUCGAGAUACGAUCACUGAUCCCAGAUCUUGCGAUACCGAGGUGUACAAAGGAAUCGCGAACGAUUUACGCGAAAUCGUGAAAGAGUACGAAUCAAUCGGUGCGGCGGCGUCAAAGAACUUCGACUCGCACCCGAUUUACGCGUACAAAAUGCGAAAUUUCUCUGCGGUGUUGAAGCGGAAAAUGAAGGUCCUCGCGAAGCUCGUUCGGAAUUUGAUCGACACGAUCGUAGAUCGCGACGCGGACGAGAUGAUCGAAAUUAUCUUCAGAUUGGUGAACGUUUACAACGAUAUUUUGGACCAGGACAUCAAUGCCUUGAAAUCGUCAACGAACGUUUACCGCAACGAUUGUCCGUACAUGUUGGAACCAUUGAAGAAGAUGUCGGUCACGCGAAUAUUGCAGAUGCUGGCUAAAAACCGAGCGGAAGAGUCCUGCCACGAGUUGAUCGAGUGCCUUCUGGCAAGAUACGAGCCUCGCAAGAGAACCGAUCCGUCGUCGACGACGUCCGGAGAUGCUGAAGUCGUCGGUACCGAUGCCGACGCCGGCGACGCAUCAGAAGAUUCCAGUAUCGAGAUCUACAGAACCUUGACGAGACACUUGACGCCCCCGACCUGUGAGAACGUGUCGUCGACGCGGAACGAGUCGGAGACUUGCUCGAACUUAGAGAGCGUUCAACAAUUGGUCGAUGCUCAGAACGAGCAAGCGUUGAGACUGGUGAACGUCGCGCAAAUCGUUUCACCAAAACUAUUAGGGAACGACGCGCUGAAGAUUAUAAAUGACGAGACGACGUUGAGGAGCAGCGCGAUGAGAAGAGCAAAGAAUUAUUAUCGAGAAAUCGCAUGGGCAGCCCUAUCGGCGAUUCUGGAUCACGUCGUUCUUUGGUGGUCUCCGGAAGCUCUUGCCACGCGUCACAGUCAUGGGGCGCGUCAACUCGAAGACUGGCUGAGCCAAUUCGUCCAGAGGAAUCGCGGUAAAGAUGGUCUCGGUUGCGUACGAACGUUCACGCAUACACGUUCACACAUAUCGCACUUGCCCGACGUGUCCGAAUCAUUUUCAGUGCCGCAAACGGUCAGAUCGGCGUUGCAGAAUCUUUGCGACGCUUUAGGAUACCACGCGACCAUCACCGAAUGGGACCAUCUUUUCAGAUCGUCUUACACCUCGUCUUUCGAAUGCCAGUCGAAGACGUCCACCGAGGGGACGGACACCGGUCAAAAGUUCGGAGAAUUGUUUCGAUCGUUGGUCGAAUCGAGCAACGAAUGCGAAGCGGGUGGCGAAUGGGUGAUCGGUGCACCGUUAACGGAGCUCCCGCUCUCGGAACAGAUCGUCGUUCUUCAUCGAUUGGAUCAUUCGAUACACACCGCGAGACUGUGGAUCGUACAGGAGGCAAAGAUCAUAGCUCAUACCUGGGAGCUAGACGUAUUCUUUUUUCUGAUCAAGCGCGACGUAGCGAAUUUCUUGGAAAAACUUUCUUAUUUAAAGCUCGCCGAUCACGGGAACGCGCUCUCGAGCGAUUCCAUCAGCGUUCAGGUCUACGUUUGCGCUAAGAUGAGGGCGAAAAUCGUCUCUGAAGUGAACGUCAACGUGAAUCUACUUCGAAAGUGUCCCGCGAAAUGUAUCGAGAUUCUCGCCAAGAUCUGCCGGAUCGUGAGUCUGGCUAAUCUGCACAUGUGCUUCCCACGAACGAGUCAUUGGAGAAAAGAAAGCGACGUCGGGCCGAUAGCUGCCAGCCUUUACGUGGAACCCUAUUUCGAGAGAGUACUACUUCCAGUGUUGGAAGUCGUUCAAGAUCCAGAGACGUCCAACAUGAUCCUAAAAAUCAUGUGCGAGGCGUGGCUGGAUUACAUUUAUUCGCAUCGUAUCAAAUUCAGCGAACACGGCGCGUUGCAAUUGCUCGCGGACUUUGCGUACGUGUCGAAAUGGGUGGAGAAUUGCACGAUGAUCUCGCAGAACGUACGGAGUCAGCUGCUGAAAAAUGAAGUCCUUCGAAGAUGCGAAGGAGUAGGCCGGUUGCUUCUUCGACAUCCCGGCGAAGCCAUCUCUAUGCGAAAACGGCUCGCUAGGAGAACGAACGAACGGGGCUCGCCCGAAUCACCAGGAUUGGAACGCAUGCCAGCGGAAAUGUACGUCCCUAACCAGGAGCAGUGGUUGGAGCUUCGUGCCUCGAAGAAGUUCAAUUUUUGCUGUACGGAAUAAUGGAGAAAAGAUUCAGGUCUCGUUUCGGGUUUCGCCGGAGCGAAGCCUGUCAA